UCACUUCUCUUGCCGACAGAAACCACGUACGACCACUCUCUCCCACGAAUUACAACGCGAUUGUACCGUCGUUUAUCCAAGUGCCGGCAACUGGGCAAGGUAACCGGUGGUCGGAAAAGACACACCAAUUGUCAGCGAAAAUUCCGGCGUCCAGCAACUACCAUCCGUCGAUCGACAUUAACCGGCGUAACACCGCGCCAUGAUUACAUGGCAACGGAUUUCUAGUCAUCUAAGUUGUGCUGGAGCUGCUAAAACGAAUCCAUUGACCAUUUGACAUGGAAACUGAGGAUACAAUUAACCUGCCUAUUUUAAAUGAAUCUGGUAUUGAACCUGAAAAUGAUGGCGGUGAAGAUUAUGAUUGUAAACCAAGUUUGGCUCUCCUGUAUGGAGCUAAUACUAUGGACAAGGGUGCAAAUGGAGAAGUUCUUGAAAAUGGAGGCAAUGAUGGAAUUAAAGGGAACCAUUUCAGUUUAGCUUCAGAAGAUGGCAAAUUUUUUGAGAAAGUGGCUUCAUUCAGUUCCGUUAUUGGUGAGAAUGGCUUUGUAAGUGUUCAGGAUGAAAUCAAUAUUGACGAUACUAUCGGCGGUCAACAGCAAGAGCAGAGCCCAAAUAUUGAUCGAAGCGCAGCACCUGGUGCCAAAAGACCAAGAACAGCCCUUGGUGAAGAGCAACCAUCAGUUCACGUUAUUUAUAAUGCCCUAACCAGUGAGAGAAAGCAUAAGCUUGAGGAGGUAUUACAGCAGUGGUCACAAUGGUGUGCUGAACACAGUCAUUCAAUACAUGAUGCAGAAGUGUUAGAAGCUGGUGAGAAGACUUAUUUCCCUGCUCUUCGUGUUGGUAUGGAUAAUAAGACUUCUGCAGUGUCUUUUUGGAUGGAUCUACCAAGGAAGAAAAAGAACAAGGUGUUCACCCCAUUUGAUGCAAACUCUGGCCCUAUUUAUGACCGUGGGGUCACAAUUGCUUUGAAUUCAUCAGACGGUUCUAAUAAUUUGGAAGGGAUCUCGAGUUUGACUACCUUGGUUGAAGCUUCCCGUUGCUUUAAUUGUAACUCCUAUAGCCAUUCGAUGAAAGAUUGCAAGAAGCCUCGUGAUUCUGUCGCUGUCAAUUCCGCUAGGAAACAGCACAGAUCCAAACUGAACCUAAAUGCAGUUUCUCGCAUUCGGUAUUAUCAAAGCUCUGAAAGGGGAAAGUAUGAUGGUUUAAGCCCAGGCAUUCUUGAUGCAGAAACCCGGAAACUUUUGGGCCUAGGGGAGCUUGACCCCCCUCCCUGGCUUCACAGAAUGCGGGAAAUAGGAUAUCCACCAGGUUAUCUAGAUCCCGAAGAAGAUAAUCUGCCAUCAGGAAUCACAAUAUUUGGCAAUGAUGAAACUACGGAAGAAGCAGAUGCCAGAGAAAUUCUUGAGAGAUCGGCAGAGCCACCUAAGAAAAUGAGCGUUAGAUUUCCAGGGAUAAAUGCUCCGAUUCCCGAAAAUGUAGAUAAACGGCAUUGGGGUGUAGGCCCCUCAAGUUCUAUAGCCUCAAGAGCUCGUUCUUAUAGAAGACAUGCUAAUACAACGCCAGAUACUGUCAAAAGAGGCCAUGAUCUUGAGCAGCAAGGGAUAUUCCGCAUCCCAACUGGACCCCAAAGGUCUAGGAGUUUUGAAGAAGAGGGACCUCCACCACAUCAGUUUAGGAGUAUUGAAGACGAAGGCCUAGUAAGUCAGCGGUUUAGGGAUUUUGAAGCAGAAGGUUGUCCGAGGCAGUGGUUUAGAGAUUUUGAAGAGGAGGCUUCCAUGAGGAAGUGGGUUCGGAGUAUCAACAAUGAAGGUCCUCUGAAUCAGCGGUUCAGGGAUUUGGAAGCUGAAGGAUGCCCGACACAGUGGUUCCGAGAUUUUGAAGAUGAAUCUCCUAUGAGGAUGUGGCACAGCAAUUCUGAAGAAGAAGCUCGUCGACAUGGGUGGUAUAGGGGGGGUGAAGGGGAAGGCGAUCCACGGCGGCAGUUAGGCUUCAAUGAUGAAUGGCGGCAUAUGGGCCAUUUCGGUGAGAUCGACCCAUUUUCAUACAGACACCAGGAUUAUUAUGAUUCCAAUUGCGGUGUCCCAAUAGAUGGAUUUAGGAGAUCGUUGUCUGACAGAGCAAGAAGAAGCCCACUAGCAGCAGAUGACGGUGCUUAUUUAUCUCUUUCGUACCCAAGAUAUAGGUGACGACUGCUCUGUGCACCAAGGAUGAUGUUAUACACUCUUACCACCCCCAUUCAAGAAAUUUGGUUCUAGACUUCUAGGUAUCAUCAAUUUAGGGUUUAGACGGAUUUCCCCGAGAUUAAUUGUUUUCAUUUUUGUUAGGAGAGCUCCUUCAUGUGACAUUUCCUGACUUGAUAAUAGUACUAUUAAUUACUAGCUAACUUUUUGCAGUGGCAUAGGUUUUAUAUCAAUGUUCGUUUCAGAUUCAUGGCCCCAUUUCUCGUGAAGGUUAAAAGUGAUGUUUUGUUGUUGCCAGUUGCAAAAUGAACGGUUCAUUCCUAAUACAUAUUUUCUUGAUCUGUUCUGC